UGAUGACCAACCAUAUAUCUACAAAGAUGCUGUUUUCAUCUCCCCACACAAGUUUGUUGGAGGAGUGUCCACUCCAGGUAUUUUGGUAGCUAAAAAGAAUCUGUUCCACAACAUUGUACCAGACAAGUGUGGCGGUGGGUCUGUGUUCUAUGUGAGAAGGGAUGGACAUCGGUACCUACAGGAACCUGAACUGAAGGAAGAGGGAGGUACGCCUGCUAUUGUUGAAUCAAUCCGAGCAGGACUUGUGUUCCAGCUGAAGGAGGCUGUCACUUCUGACACCAUUACAACACUGGAACACGAGUUGUACAGGAAAGCAUACGAAGCCUGGAGUAAGUGUGACAACUUGGUGUUACUAGGAAACCAUAGCAACAGCAGUAACAGACUACCUAUCUUCUCCUUCCUCGUCUACCAUCCGGUCGGUGGUCGCUUCCUCCACCACAACUACGUGGCUGCUAUCCUUAACGACCUGUUUGGUAUACAAGCAAGAGGAGGAUGUGCUUGUGCAGGGCCUUAUGCAAUGGACUUACUUGGUUUGGAUGAGAAAACGGCAUCUGAGAUUGAAGACUUACUCGCAGAGGACAACAGAUUAGAUAGGACUCAUCUUCGGCGCUAUCGCGAGUAUUCACCUCGUGAAAUCAUCAGACCAGGCUUCGUGAGAAUCAACCUACCUUACUUUCUACAAAAAGACACCCUUCAGUUUGUCAUUGAGGCCGUCAAGUUGACUGCACAACACUGUUGGAAGUUGCUACCUCAGUAUAUGUUUAAUCCGGAAACUGGGGAAUGGCGACAGAAAAAUUUCCAGGUGUUCAAAGACAGAAAAUGGCUUGGUCAUAUCCAGUACAACUCUGGUGAGAUGAAGUACAAGGUGCCCCCACCUAUAGUAAAGGGUCCAUUACCCACAGACUACCAGGACUGUGUACAGAAGGCCCGAAAUCUUUUCAGCCAAGCAGAAAAGACAAAAUACCAACUUGCAGACCACAGACAGAUGUUUGAUGAGCAGUCCCAGAAAUACAGGUGGUUCUUAUUACCAAGUGAAGCAGCCCAAUGUCUGGAUGGUCAUUCAGCAUCACCAACAGAUAAGACCUUUGUUCUACCAUUUUGUCCUCCAGCUAUUCGGACACGUGUAGGGUUGUCUCCCUUUGUGUGUGGUGGACAUACAGAGGAGUGUGAUGGUGUCAAUAGGGAAGGACCUGUUUGUCCAGUCAGUAGGCAGGAAUGUUCCCCUAGGCUCACAACUACUGCAUUUGGGGGCAGCUUGAUCAAAGCACUUAACCAAGGUUUUGACUUCAACAAAGAUGGUGCUGGAACUGAGACAUAUGAGGUGGGUGCAGGCAUGCCUCAGGAGGAAAGGGUCACAGACAAUGCCCAGGAGAAAAGGGAAACAAGCAAACCCAAGGCGGAAAGAGUUAUAAUCAGGCCAAAGGAAAUAGGGGCUGAAGAGUUUAACAUUCAGGAAACAAAUGUAUGUUCAAUGGCAAAGCGCCGAAAAAUAGCAGAUUGUUCUGGUGUAGGUGGGGAUAUGGAGAGUUCUAACCUAAUCACUGCUAAAUCCAACACCGAUAGCAAUAACUUCAUUAUAAAGGAUACAAAGGGGUCACAUGAUACAGGGAGAACACAGGAUACAGCGAGAUCACAGGAUACAGGGAGAUCACAGGAUACAGGGAGAUCACAGGAUACAGGGAGAACACAGGAUACAGGGAGAUCACAGGAUACAGCGAGAACACAGGAUACAGCGAGAACACAGGAUACAGCGAGAUCACAGGAUACAGGGAGAUCACAGGAUACAGGUAGAUCACAGGAUACAGCGAGAUCACAGGAUACAGGAAGGUCAGAUGAUACAGGGGGGUCACAGGAAACAGGAAGGUCACAGGAGACAGGAAGGUCACAGGAGACAGGAAGGUUACAGGAGACAGGAAGGUCACAGGAGACAGGAAGGUUACAGGAGACAGGAAGGUCAGAUGAUACAGGGGGGUCACAGGAAACAGGAAGGUCACAGGAUACAGGGGGGUCACAGGAGACAGGAAGGUCAGAGGAGACACACAGAUCCAUAGGUAGUAACAGGAAAGCACUCAAACAGAUGGAAAGGAAAAAGAAAAGUGGCUGGUUUUCUCCUCCUAAAGUCAUAUUUACACCUUUCCUGAAGGCAGUGACAGAUUUAGAGAUGAUACAGAACGGGGAUAAGGUCCUUGUAUGUCUCUCUGGUGGCAAAGACUCCCUCAGCUUGCUUCAUACCAUACAACAGUACCAGUUCUACUGUAGAGGCAAGGGCUUGAAGUUUGAGUUUGGAGCAGUAACUGUUGACCCCCAGACACCGUCGUACGACCCCCGGCCACUGAAGGGCUAUCUGGCAGGUCUUGGAGUACCCUACUUCUAUGAGAGCCAGUGUAUCAUGGAGGCUGCCCAGAACCUUGACUACGAAUGUACAUCCAUUUGUAGCUUUUGUAGUCGUAUGAAGAGAGGCCGAAUCUACGCCUGUGCUCGCCGAGAACAGUACAAUGUCCUAGCUCUGGGGCAACACCUCGACGAUUUGAGUGAAAGUUUCCUGAUGUCUGUCUUCCACAAUGGCCUACUACGUACAAUGAAGGCACACUAUACUGUAGAUGAUGGAGAUCUACGUGUGAUUCGUCCUUUCGUGUACGUCAGGGAAAAAGACCUCCGGUUGUUUGCUGAACAGAACAAGCUGCCUGUAAUAGCAGAGAACUGUCCUGCCUGCUUCGAGUCCCCCAAGGAGAGACACCGAAUCAAACAACUGCUGGCUGCCCAGGAAAUCCUGCACCCCCACCUUUUCCACAGCCUCAUGUCGGCCCUCAAACCUCUGAUGGCUAUCAACAAAACCAAUAUCAAUGUCUCUGAAUUGUUCAAAUCAGAACUGUCUAGCCAGAAUGACAUUGACAUUUAACAUUAGUGGAAGUAUAGCGCACAACAGAAAUAAACAUGAGAAAGUUUCAGAUAAACAGUGUUACCUGGAGUCAGUGAUACUAUACAUUGUUACCUGGAGUCAGUGUUACUGUACAUUGUUACCCAGAGUCAAUGUUACUGUACAUUGUUACCUGGAGUCAAUUUUACUAUACAUUGUUACCUUGAGUCAAUGUUACUAUAAAUUGUUACCUGAAGUCAAUGUUACUAUACAUUGUAACCUUGAGUCAGUGUUAAUGUACAUUGGGUCAAUGUUACUAUACAUUGUUACCUGGAGUCAAUGUUACUGUACAUUGUUUCCCGGAGUCAAUGUUACUGUACAUUGU